AUGGGCGGAGCGUCCAAAACGGAGCCAAUCCCGUGACACCUUAUCAUUUGCGGGUAAUAGUGAUAAGAACGCGACACACAGUUAUUGUCGUAUUCUUCUUCUUCUUCUUCUUCGUGUUCUUCUCUUUGUUCUGCUGGUUUUUGGUCGGAAAGUCUCUUUACACCCUUCCUCGCUGAAACAAAGCUAUUGUCCCGCCGCUUUUCUUCUUGGUUCCACGUCACAAGUCUCACGUAUGUUUGUGUUGUAGCUUCUAGUCCGGACCGACCAAUUGAUAGCGAUAAUAGAGCGAUACCAGUCGGGCCAAUGUUCAGUUUUUGAACUUUGAUGGUCUUGAUGAACUUUCUGAAGGCAGCGAGAGGAGCGGAAUUUUUUGCAAUUUUUCCAGACGCUUCUAAAGUUGCCUUCCAGAUUUUUCUAAAAACCAACAAUAGACACGUCAUUUAUCGAUCCGGCUCCCCCUCUCGUUUCUCUGCGCGCUCUCUCAGUCACGAGAAGCGCCACAGCCACCACUUUUAUAUAUGCUUAUUAAAAAUUGACAUCAUUUUCAAUUUUGCCCGCGGAACUCUUGCUCGUCACAGCCUUUACACUCUUUUUUAAUUGACAAAUAACAUUUUUUAUUUUCAGUGUUCAGUGUUCAACGUUUUCAACGCGCGCAACAAUGUCGAGUAAACAGGAUAUUUUAAGUUUUAAUAAAAAAACGGAAGAGCAACAACAACACGCGGUCGAGCAGACCACCACCAUCGCCGACAAGUACGUACCGGGGAGACGGUUUUGUGAAACGCUACAAUAUGAUUCGACUGCACCACAGAGCCUCCUGUGACAUUCGAUUUGAGAAAGUGCUUGCGCACUUCUCGUUACUGAGGCGUCUGACAUUGGUGUAAUUCCGACUGCCACAGGAGGCUGUGCAUCAGAUGAUUCAAUUGAGCUGAAUGUUUCACCGAAAAUUCGAAACAAUGCAUUGUAAAACUCAAUUCUUUUCAGCGCCAUCUCUACCUCGUCGUCGACGAACAACGGCGACGUCGGAUGGUGUUUUUGACGCCCCCCACGCCGCUCUUCAUAAAUUCUCGGCCGAGACGCGUGCCAUCGUCUCGGCGGUUUCUCCGAAAUGGCGCGUCGGUGUGAUUGGCGAGAAGACGCUCGCGUUGUUGGUGCCGCACGAUCAGGAGGUGCUCGGCGUCUCCAAGAAGAACUUUGUCGACCUGCUCGAGUUCGCUGAGGACAAGCUCGGUGAGUGGAAAUUCACAGACAAUUCUGACGAUUUUUGUCAUGAACUAAAACCUUUAUUUUUGCAGAAAUGGAGCGUGUGCUGGCUGUGUUCGAAAAGGCACGCGUGGUGCCGACGGAAGGCUUCCCCCGAACUCUCCGUUACGUCGGAUUCCGUCCGUACGCUCUCGACGAGCACCCGGUCGAACUGCCGUCCGAACGCUACUUCAUCAUGUCGUACAAAGUCUAA